AUGAUAGAGUAUAGUGGAAUCAUUGAAGGAGUAGAGAAGAGAUUCUUGACAACAACGAUUGUAAUCACAUUGUUGGCAGGACUAGCAAUCAAAAAGAAAUCAUUGAAUCGAUCGGGUGUUGUAGCUGCCAUUGUAGUAGGAACACUCACAUGUUUGUGUGGAUGGACAUUUGCCAUUGCAUUACUUGCAUUCUAUCAAUCAUCGUCAUCACUAACAAAGUACAAAUCAAGUAUCAAGAAAAAGAUUGAAGGUGAUGCAUUUCAAAAGGGUGGUCAAAGAAACUAUAUUCAAGUGUUUUCAAACAGUCUAACUGCCACUAUAGUAUCGGUCAUCUAUUUUAUCUACUCUUCAGAUCGUAGAAAUAUUCCUAUUCCAGAUACUGCAUAUCCAUUUGAAUGUUUUCUUAUUGGUAUGAUUAUUGGACAUUAUGGAUGUUGUAAUGGUGAUACAUGGGCAUCUGAAUUGGGAAUAUUAAACAAGGGACAACCAAGAUUAAUUACAACAUUGAAAUAUGUACCACCUGGAACCAAUGGAGGUGUUAGUAGAUUGGGAUUGAUUGCAUCUGUCCUUGGUGGCACCUUUAUCGGUUUGGUCUAUUUCAUAGCAUCAUGGUUUUUCAAUGAUAAUCCAAUUGCCUAUCAACUUGCCAAUCCACAAUAUCCAAUUAUUUUACUUGGUACUUUUGCUGGUUUAUUUGGUUCACUUUUGGAUUCAUUAAUGGGAGCAACUAUUCAAUAUUCAGGAUAUGAUAUUAAAAAAGGAGUAGUUGUAAAUCAUAAACCAACAACAACCGAUCAAUAUAAAAAAGUAGAUAGUGAUGAUCCAAAAUCACCAAAUGUUAUUGCACAUCUUUGUGGUUUGGAUAUAUUGGAUAAUCAUCAAGUUAACUUUUUAUCAUCUUUGAUUACUGCUUUUGUUUGUGGUUAUAUUUCAUUAGAGAAGAGGGAAAAUUAA